GAAUUAUACGACCAGACGGUUUUUUCGAUUAUCUUUUCAACAUUUGCUUCCCCAAAGAUCAUCCAGUCAAUACCGGCGGUGUUCCGGAAGGAUUUAAGCCCGUUGAGUUCAGCCAAACGGAUGUUUCUGAGGUUGAGCCAUUUCAUGAUCUUGAUGCUCAUGUGGCGAGCCCUACUGGGUAUAUAGCCAAGACUUUAGCGCUUUCCCGAGUAGUGUCGCUCAGUCAAGAGCUUAUGAUUUCGUGUCUAUGCAUCCCGAGGGUGCCAUAUUGAUGCUGCCAGACGGUAGCACACGUAUUGACCUUGAGAAUAAAAAGAUAUUUCGUCAAUACGCCACUCGUAACGCUCAUCGUUGGUUCACCUACGUUGAAGAUGCUCGGGGGCGAGAGUCCGAAGACCUAUCCCUUUAUAUAAUCACAGGUACCGACAAGUCUUCUUCUUUCGGUGUCGCAUCUUUUUGCAAUGCACAAAAUCAGGAAUUUAGCCUUAGGUUCAGUAUCGAUGGACACACACAUAUGCAUUCGUGGUCGAAGCACCACUAUGCUGAGUCACGAUCUGGACCAAGGCUUCCUCCGGGAGAUCCAAUUGGAAGUGACCGACCAGUAAAUCAGAGUAUCUUCCUUCGAGGAUUCAAGAUCAACAAGCGGAAGACUUCCAAAAGCAAGGAGGGUCACCGCGUAGAAUCUAUAGUCACGAAUGAUUCAAGCAGGCGGAAGUCCACUUCUUCCCAUAAUCAGACAGCGUCCACGUCGAAAAAGAAUGGGUCAUUCUCUCAAGGAUGGAACGUCUGGGAUAUGCCAUCUCAGGCGGAUGGUCAUAGGCGUGUCUCUGACCCUCAGAGAAAGGUGCAAGAGAAUGUGAAGGUUGAACAUGUUCCAAGUACUACCGCCGUGCGUUUUUGUUUCCCCAUCAGUUGAUGACUUACCAAUAACAAACACAAAUCUCAUCUCAGCCUUAUCAUCCCUGUGACACGAUCAAUAGCUUCAUGCUCGAGCUCCUCUCCGCGACUUCCGGUAGUGCUGGAAGUGGCCCGUCCUUCGCAAUUUCUCAUGACGACGAUUGGCGGUCUGUUUGGGACGAGGUUCUUUGUUUGUAUGAAUUACUUUGUACUCGCAAUUUACUCGUUCUCGCAGGGCAA